AUGCAAGUCUUCCUCCUCCUCCAUAGACAACUUUCCUUUCUUCUUCUUCUUCUUGUUCUUCCGCUUCUGCUUUUGCUGCAGUUGCAAUGUAGUGGCAUAAGCAAUGAUUCAAAUCAAUCACCAUGUGAUUUAGGAAAACGUUGUCGUUUAAAGGUAGGUACUCAUAUAGUGCCAGCAGUGAUAGUGUUUGGAGAUUCAGUAGUAGAUACAGGAAACAACAAUAACUUAGCGACAGUUUUCAAGGUGAAUUAUCCUCCUUAUGGAAAAGACUUUUAUGGAGGUCAACCCACCGGCAGGUUUUCUAAUGGCAAAGUUCCUCCUGAUCUCAUUGUUGAAGAACUAGGAAUCAAAGAAGUAUUACCACCAUAUCUUGGCCCAAGCCUACCGAUCGAAGAUCUAAGAACCGGAGUGAACUUUGCAUCGGGAGGUGGUGGAUAUGAUCCUCUUACGUCUCAGCUUGCUUCGGUGAUAUCACUUCCGGGACAAAUAGAGUUGUUCAAAGAAUACUUGGAGAAGGUGAAGUCGAUGGCAGGUGAGGAAGCAGUAAAUGAUAUAUUAAGCAAAGGAUUGUUCGUUGUGGUAACAGGGAGUAAUGACGUCACCAAUACGUAUUUUAAUAACCCUCUACGAAGAUACCACUUUGACUUUGAAUCCUACUCUCGUCUUCUCGUGGAUUCUGCUUCAUCAUUCUUACAGGAUUUAUACAAUUUAGGUGUUCGAAGAAUCGGAGUUUUCAGUUUACCACCAAUAGGAUGUCUACCUUCACAAAGAACAUUAGUAGGAGGAAUACAAAGAGAGUGUGUUAAGAACUACAAUGAGUUGGCAGAAUUAUUCAACACCAAGCUAUCAAUGGAGAUUAAUUCUUUAAGCCAACGUCUACCUUUUGCAAAGAUGGUUUACGUUGAUGCUUACUAUCUUCCACUUGAUAUGAUCCAAAACCCUGCAAAAUAUGAAGAAAGAGCUGCAACUAGCAAAUUACAGGCUUCAGGACCAAUAUCAGGAAUCAAGAAUCUAGCAUCGUUGAAUACCGAGAACGAGUUGAGAUCCCUUUUGACCGCGAUCAGGAAUCAAGAAUCUAGCAUCGUUAAAUACCGAGAACGACGUAUCAACAAUGGCGGAUUGGCGGGAGAUGAAGAGAGACUUGAGAAUGUAUUGAUAGUAAAUGGAAGUGUAGAUGAAUCCUGGUUGUUGAGAGUUCCAGUUGAAGAAACCGAGUGCGAGUUGAAGCUAGAUCCGCCGGUAAUCCGGCUUCGACAAUACUUUUUUGACCACCGGAGGCCGACGAUGGAGAUGCUAGGAUGUUGCCGCCUCCAUCAAUCGGUUGUUGAAGCACAUCAGAAGACGAUGUGCUUUACUUUUAGACUAAAUUGCACAAAUGGGAGAAUUGAUGGAUUUCAAGGUCCGAUGAUGACGAUCCUCGCGGAGGUUCAACAACCAUCGGUUGUGGGGAAGAAACAAAACUACUGGAGACGUAGGGAGGAAAUAGAUGGGAGGUGA